AGAGAGAGAGAGAGAGAGAGAGAGAGAGAGAGAGAGAGAGAAUGAGAGAGAAAGAGACACAGAAACAGAGAGAGAGAGAAUGCAGAGAAUUGUAGCUUUAAGUACUGAUAGGUACCAAAUAAUGACUGGCUUCGCAUCCAACUCAGCAAACAUGGUUAUCAUCGACAAGGUCAUAAGAUGUCCACUAAUGGUGUCAGUGGACCUGAACAAGGCAAACCUUAAAUUUUGGACAGGGACUUGGGCAACAACAUUGGAAGAUGAUCUGGCAUAAGAGAAAUGUUCAGAGCAGAAAUGAGUUGGAGAUUUUUACAACAGUUUAUGAGGUGAUGGGUGAGAUCAAAGAAAACACAGGAGGAUCUGUGAGACGAACAGUGUUUGAGGAGGUGUUUCUGGUAGAAAGUGGAGUUUUCUUAGUGCAUAGGCACAGUUUUUAUUUGACUGUCAUAUGCAGCACUGAGCCAGCAUGGUGGUGAAAACGCAUGAGACAACCAUGAAGGCAACUCUCGUCUUAUUCCUUCUGGCGCAAGUCUCUUGGGCUGGACCAUUUGAGCAGAGAGGAUUAUUUGACUUCAUGCUAGAAGAUGAGGCCUCUGGCAUAAUCCCUUACGACCCUGACAAUCCCCUGAUAUCUAUGUGCCCCUACCGAUGCCAAUGCCAUCUCCGAGUGGUGCAGUGUUCUGAUCUGGGUCUGGACAAAGUACCCUGGGAAUUUCCACCUGACACAACAUUGCUAGACCUGCAAAACAACAAAAUAACAGAGAUCAAAGAGGGGGCCUUUAAGAACCUGAAGGACUUGCAUACCUUGAUCCUUGUCAACAACAAGAUCAGCAAGAUCAGCCCAGAGGCAUUUAAACCUCUAGUGAAGUUGGAAAGGCUUUAUCUGUCUAAGAACCACCUAAAGGAGCUGCCCGAAAAAUUGCCCAAAACACUCCAGGAGCUUCGACUCCACGACAAUGAGAUCACCAAACUGAAGAAAUCUGUGUUCAAUGGACUGAACCGUAUGAUUGUCAUAGAACUGGGCGGCAACCCACUGAAAAACUCUGGGAUUGAAAAUGGAGCCUUGCAGGGAAUGAAGGGUCUCGGAUACAUCCGCAUCUCAGACACCAACAUAACUGCUAUUCCUCAAGGUCUGCCCACUUCUAUCAGUGAACUGCAUCUGGAUGGCAACAAGAUCGCCAAAGUUGAUGCAGCCAGCCUGAAAGGAAUGUCUAAUUUGUCUAAGCUGGGUUUGAGCUUCAAUAGCAUCACCGUUGUGGAAAAUGGCAGUCUGGCUAAUGUUCCUCAUCUGAGGGAGCUCCACUUGGACAACAACAAACUCCUCAGAGUGCCUGCUGGGCUGGCACAGCAUAAAUAUGUCCAGGUCGUCUACCUUCAUAACAACAACAUCUCCGAAGUUGGGCAGCAUGACUUCUGCCUCCCUUCAUACCAGACUAGGAAGACUUCCUACACUGCCGUGAGUCUUUAUAGCAACCCUGUCCGGUAUUGGCAAAUUCACCCACACACCUUCAGAUGUGUCUUCGGGCGCUCUACCAUUCAACUUGGGAACUACAAGUAACUCCCAAACAGCCUCAUUUUUAUAAUCGGGAACAAAAAAACCAAUCUGUCAAUAUUAUUGCUAAAAAGAAAAAAAUAUUUUGAAAAAGAAAGAAUGCUAGAUUCUGGAAAUUCAAGUAUAGCGCGGAUGCCUUUCCCGUAUGACUUAUCAUGCAUCAAGCCAAAUAUACAGAUUGAAUAAUUACCUACAAUAAAAAUAUUUUAUCUGUAGUAUUCAGAAUCACUUUUAAAAUUUUCUGUAGAUGUGAACUGAGGUAUCGAAGUCUGGUGUAAUCAUAGAUGUCAACAUUUAAUAAAGCUAAAAGGAACAGAAUACAAAGUCUUCUGUAAUUCAUAGAGCUAAAUUGACUCUUUUGACAUAAAGUCAAAUGUAGAACUCUAGCAAUGUAUUAAUCUCCUUUAUUAUUGGUAAAGUCUUAUUUGAAUAUCUAAGUUCAACAUGGGCUAUGUAAAAUUUUCACUGUCAUACUGAAAAACAAUAAAAUUUAAAAAAUGCAUUCAAAA